UCAAAUUAAAUAGAUAUUUAGUUAUUCAGUGUUUGUUUUUCCGUUUCACAAGAAUAAAUUCAAUCUCGAUUUGAUCUUCUUCACAAAAAAUUUGAUAUGAGUUACAAUUUUCCAACUAUGAGUUUUCUUGCUUUCGGUUUAUUUUAUCUUGGCAUGUUGGUUAAUUGAUGUUCUUUCAUUUGCUUCCCGUAAGUAAUGCAAUUUUUCCAAUGUGCAUCUUAAAAAACAUGCUUUAACCGUAGAGUUGGCAACCAGAUUUACACACGUAAGUUGGCAACCGGCAUACCCGGGUAUUCCACACGUUUUGAUACAAAAAAUUAACGAUUUUCAUAGGUAAACAAUGCUUUUAUAUUUUAAUGCUGUAAGCAAGUAAUGCCGACCACAUAUUGUCUUCUAUUUCAUUUAUUCAUUUAGUUUAUUCAUUUUAUUAUAAAAAUAACGGUCAAAUUGAAAUUUGGAAUCGCUUGAAUUUGACUCGAAAAUAAGCACAAUACGGAAAGAGGAAGAAGAGAAACGUCAUUCUCCAUACAAAAUGUAUGGAAUACCCGGGUAUGCUGGUUGCCAACUUACGUGGUAAAGUUAAAAAAAAUCAAAAUAAAAUACUUAUAGGCUGUUUAAAAUUACAACUUAUGCACCAAAAAAUCAGAAAUUAAAAGUUGGGAGGCUACGGAAAAUUUCAGGUCAAUAAAAGCAAUGAAUCAAAAGUUAUUGCAGUUUAAAGUUAAAAAAAAUACCCGAGUAUCCGGUUGCCAACUUAAAGGUUAAUGUUCCGUUUUCUUUCCAUUUCUGUCUGUCGCUAUUCGAUGAUCCUGUUCACCCCUUCAACCCGACGCUCUAGACGCAAAUUCGCCACCAAACGUCAGCCCGUCAGCCUUGGCGUUGACGGUAAAAUCUCACCCCUUGUCAGCGCCCCCUGAACCACACCCCUCCCGCCACCCCCCUCCAACCUACCAACACGCACACACACAGGCGUGCGCGCGCACACACAGCAUCCCCUGUCAGUGUACAGUUUGGUGUGGAUUUGAUUUAAUGGCUCUGAUACACGCAAGCAUGGAGUACAAAAACGAAGGCCACAGCGGCGUCAAUCAGCUGGGAGGUAUAUUCGUUGGCGGUAGACCUCUGCCUGAUUCCACACGCCAACGCAUCGUGGAGCUGGCCCAUGCCGGUGCCCGACCAUGUGAUAUCUCGCGCAUCCUGCAGGUGUCUAACGGAUGCGUUAGCAAAAUUCUCGGCCGCUACUAUGAAACGGGCAGCAUCCGACCGCGAGCCAUCGGGGGCUCGAAGCCGCGGGUCGCUACGCCGGAGGUGGUCAACAAGAUCUCACAGUUCAAGAACAACUGCCCGAACAUCUUCGCCUGGGAGAUCCGGGACAAGCUGCUGAACGAGCGGAUCUGCACGCCGGAAAACAUCCCGAGCGUUUCUUCAAUCAACCGGGUACUGCGCAAUCUGGCCGCCCAGAAGGAGUUCAGCAAGAAGCCGCACUCGGCGGACGCGCUCAGCGACGACGUCGGCGGGUAUCUGCAGGGCAAAUCGCUCAACGAUGCCUCCUUCAUACACUACAAGUACGGCGACAGCUGCCGGUCGAUGCAGGGCGCGGAGUCGGUGCUGCGCAUCAACGACACGUACAGCCGAGCGGGCGGUGGCGGUGGUGGACCUGCUGCCGGCGGUGGUGGAGGCGGUGGAGCUGUACCCGGAGGGCCCGGUUCGGAGUCGACCGAUGUGAAGCCGAUGUCGGACGAUGGGACGAAGAAUCCGUUCGCCAAGCACUGCUUCACCAACCUAGACGCGGGGGUGCCGGGGGCGGGCACGGGGACGCCUGGGCAGGGUGGCCCCGGGACGAAGCAGGUCUUCGUCGACAAUGAUACCGAGCGGCUGAGCCUGAAGCGGAAGCUGCAGCGCAACCGGACGUCCUUCACCGUCGACCAGAUCGAGUUUCUCGAGAAGGAGUUCGAGCGAACGCACUAUCCGGACGUGUUUUCGCGCGAACGAUUGUCUUCCAAAACGAACCUGCCGGAAGCGAGAAUACAGGUGUGGUUCUCGAACCGGCGGGCCAAGUGGCGCCGGGAGGAGAAGCAGCGCUCGCAGGCCGUGUCCGAGGGCAGCUCGUCGGCGGCGGCCGCAGCAGCGGCUGCAGCGGCAGCAGCCGCCGCUGUCGCCGUGCAGAACGCGUCCAUCUCCUCCUGCUCGCUGAAUCUCACCGCGCCGCUCGUCUCGCACGUGUACGACUCGAACAUGUGCGUGGAGGACUCGAACAGCAACUACCUGAGCAAAACGUACCCGCUGGAACCGUCGUUCCAGAACCUGGACGCGCUGAAGUCGCCGUCCGCGCCGAACCAUCCGGCCGCCCCGCAGCAGCUCUCGCCGGCCGCCAUGUCCUUCAAGCUGUCCUUCCCGAACGCCAACCCGAACGGAGGCGUCGGCCCGAACAAUGGCGGCGGUGGGGGCGGCGGCGGUGCGGCGCCCGACGGCUCGGCCGCGAACCUGAUGGGACCGUCCCUUGGCACCAAUGCCGGCUUCCCGCACGCAUCUACCUCAGACGACAAGUCGCUGUACAACCAUUUCGCCUACUCGGCCGCCGCCAACAUGCACCACAGCGCCUACUCGGCCGCGGCGGCGGCCGCCGUCGACCAGUCCUACAACGGGAUGUACCUGAAGAACCAGCUGUACAACCUGCCGGCCAACGCCGGCGUCCUCAGCUUCCAGUCCACGCUCGAGUGGAACAAGAGUUAAUGGCACGGGGCCGCCCUCGAGUCGGCUCCCUCGACCGGGUGCGAUCGGUACCAGUAGCGCUACCCGGCCGCACGCGACCCCGCUAAACUGAAGCCUGAUUUCACAGCCAGCCGAUGGGGGGGGCCGGAGGGCGAAGAAGCGAUGACGAGUGGCAGUAGAGCAAAAUAGACACACAUACGACACACACACACGCACACAAGCAGUACAUUUAUACAUGUAAUACAAUUUAACUCGAUGGUGCAUAGUGGGAAUGGUGGGAAGGGGAAGGGUGAGGUGGUAUGGUGGUUGGGUGGAGAGACGAGGGAAAAGAAAACGGAAAACAUGACGAGCGUGGUACUUAGUGCGGGAGAUAUGUUACUGAAAGGAAUGAAAAUAUCAUUUAAAAAAGAUGCAUUCUUUCAUAUAAGAUGGCGCAGCUAACGUGAUCGACUUUGGCGACAGCCUACACAGAAGUAAACUAAAAAGGAGAAGAGGAGAGGAAACAGAUGGUUGUUCUGAUUGUUUGAACUAUGAAGGUAUUUUUUAUAAAAGUAAACACACACACACACACACACACACACACACACACACACACACACACACACACACACACACACACACACACACACACACACACACACACGCUCACACACGCACACUUGGUAGCGAACAGGAGCAGUUGGUGCAAAGACAAAAACAAAACACUAGAAACGCCAAUAAAGUAUUAAAACCGCUGUUGCGAACAUGGGAAACAUAUAAGAAAGUAAUGAGCGAGAAGAGAAAAAAAACAUAGAAGAAAAACGUAAAAUAACAACAACAACAAAAAACGAAAACACACGCACAACCAGCAAGGGCAAGAACAAAAACCCUAAUUCCAUACUUUGGGCAAAAACCACAAAACACAAAAAAAUGGAAACAAACAAACGGAAUGUACAAUAAAUAGUGAAAUCUUAUUAUUAUUCCUGGCGCAAGGCGCCCAUUGUA